CCUCCAGUGGCUGCUGCGGCCAGCGCGCUGCAGCUGGUGCACCGUGCUGAUCGAAGCCAGGAGCCAGGUGCUUCUCCUGGUCUCCCAUGUGGGUGCAGGGCCCAAGCACUUGGGCCAUCUUCCGCUGCACUCCCAGGCCACAGCAGAGAGCUGGACUGGAAGAGGAGCAACCGGGAGAGAAUCCAGUGCCCCUACCGGGACUAGAACCAGGUGUGCCGGUGCUGCUAGGCAGAGGAUUAGCCUAUUGAGCCACAGUGCUGGCCAAAUAAUUUAUAGUUUUAACAUUACAUAGUCCUUUAAGAGCACAUGGCCAGUGGUACAGUGGUAAAUUAACAUUUUUCUGAUAUAUUUUGUUUAUACAUUUAAUGUUGCUAUAGUUGGGAGUUAUUGUAGGGAACAAGAUACAUCUCUCUCUCUCUCUCUCUCUCUUUUUUUUUUUUUUUGAUCAGAAGAGAUGUACUCAGGAAAUUACAAAAUUGUGAUAAGAACUGGAAGAGUAGGAAAAUCAGCACCCAUUAUAGUUGUUUGCAUUUGUUUCAACCCUGAGAUUGUGAUCAUGAGUUGGGGAAAAUUCUAUGUGGGAAGGAAAGUGAGGAGCAUUUCUGUAGUCUAAGAGGAAAGGGCCACAGAUGGCAGGGCAGGUAGUUUGAAAAGCAAGGGUUGAUGCUACCCAGGCAGAGACUUAGCCCGGGAUUGUACUAGGCACAUGUGUUGGUUUUCCACAUGUAUGUUUAUGUCCAUGUCCAUGUCCCUGUAUGUAUAUCCUGGAGAAAGUUAUUUAAGGUCUUUGUCCUCAUGGAACUGAUUGGAGAUGUAAAGAUUACAUGUAAGAAGCAAUGUCAGACUAUGGACAAUACAGAUAUUUUAAAUCCGGUAAGAACUUCAGAAAUAGUCUAUCCCAGGGGUGGGUGUUUGGUAUAGUGGUUAAGACACCAUAUGGGGCACUUGCUUCACAUAUCAGAGUGCCUAGUUUGAGUCCUGCCUCCUCCACUUCUGAUCCAUCUUCCUGCCAAUGUACACCCCAGGAGGCAGCAGAUAAUGACUGUAGUACUUGGGUCCCUGCCACCCAUAUGGGAGGAAGUGAUUAAGUUCUAGGUCCACCAUUGACUGUUGUGGGCAUCUGGGGUGUAACACAGUGGAUGGGAAAUCUGUCCCUCUAUCUCUGUCUUUCUAUGUCUCUCUGCUUUUCAAAUAUGUGAAAUAAACAAAUGAAUAAUUUAAAAAAUAGACAUAGUUUACUGCUAUCCCUUCUCUUCUAAGACACAAUAACCACAAGAGUGUGAUGAUUUUCUCAAAGUCAUGUAGCAGAGUCCUGGGCUGAGGACAGUGUAUUUGAGUUUAGAAAAAUCUCACCAAGCCUGACCUAAUGGCCCCAAGAAAGGAGCAUUUAUUUUGACAGCAAUUAGGAUCAAUGUGUUGUAGUGAGUUUCUGCAAAAAAUAUUUACAGUAACCUGAUUUGAUUAACAAAAUUUUAUUUCUGAUUUAAAACUAUGGCAUGUCUUGAGGCAUAGAGGUUGCACAAGUACAAAGUAGGUACCCUCUGGGGGUCUGGGUUAUCCUAAAAUAUGGGUGUGAGACUGUACUUACUUCAUUCAUUCUAAAGUACACAUUUUCUUCUUACUGUAAACUGUCUAGACAGGCUGAAUGUGUGUACUACAUAGGACUUCCUUGACUUGGGGAAGGACAGUAAUUAUAGAAAAGAGAAGUAAUUUCUGAAGCAAUUGUAAUUUGAAAUUACCUGGAGUAACUUUAAAAGCAAAGAUUUCUAGGCUGUGACGUAGGCCUAUGGAAUUCAUCAAACCAGAUUAUGAAUGUGAUGAAUAGUCAAGGAUUUUACAGCAAUAUUUCAUAACUUUUUCUGUUUACAUUUUUUAAGGGAGUAAUGAGUGGUGAAUUCCAUUUAGGCUUGAAACAUUUUCUGUCAUCCAUCAAUGUUUGUUGCAUGAUAGUAAAUUAUGAAUUUAUCAAUUCAAAACUUUUCAUACCCUUUAUAUCAAUUACUGAUAGCCAAUAAGACAGAAAGAAUAUCACCACUGCUAAGUGUUACUCUGGGUAAGACUGAUGAUUUUAGCACUUCUAGGACCUUACAUUUCUGGGUGAUUACCACAGUUUAUAAAGCGUCUUACAUAUAUUAUCUCUUAGAUCCUGUCAGUGGUUUCUGAGAAAAAUAUAGCAAGAGUUAUUAUUAUCCCUCUGGUACAAAUGAGAAAAUAAUAUACUUAAAGUUCAUAGGUAAUUUAUACUUGCAUUUCUACAUCCAGUCCACAGAUCCUGUAGACAAGGAAGUGUUUUUUUUUUAUUUUAAUUUUUUUUAUUUUGACAGGUAGAGUUAUAGACAGUGAGAGAGACAGAGAGAAAGCUCUUCCUUCCGUUGGUUCACCCCCCCCCCCCCCAAAUAGCUGCCACAGCCGGCGCUGUGCUGGCUCUAAGCCAGGAGCCAGGUGCUUCUUCCCAGUCUACCAUGUGGGUGCAGGAGCCCAAGAACUUGGGCCAUCCUCCACUGCCCUCCCGGGCCACAGCAGAGAUCUGAACUGGAAGAGGAGCAACCAGGACUAGAACGCGGCGCCCAUAUGGGAUGCCGGUGUGCAGGUGGAGGAUUAGCGAAGUGAGGCACAGCACCAGCCCCGGAAGUGUUUUUUCAGUUGUUGAUUAUUCACUUAAAAACUUGAGCAUUUUUGAGAAUAGUUCCAUGCAUUUUUCUAUGAUUUAUGGUUAACAGAGAUGUAUAACAUAUACACCCAUAGAUAAGUUCAAAUUCUGUAAAGCUGAAAAACAGAAAUGGCAGUUACCUAUGUGACAAUCAUACCUCUGCUGUCUGCAUGAUGUUAGAAAACUAGCUUCAGUGUAGUACGAGAGAAAACCAGAGGCUUUGGGGCUCACCCAGUCCUACAGUCAACAUUAGCUCUGAAGGGUUAAUGAAGUCUCUGUGACCUUGAGCAGUGACUUUUUGAAGUGUUGUAUGAAAAGUAGAAAUGAUCGUAUUUAGCCAGAGAUUUUGUGAGUAUUGAAUGAAAUUAUGUGAAUAAAAUGCUUAGCAAAUGGACUGGUCCACAGUAAACAAUAAGUAAAUGAUGGCACUAAUAGAAUGUUCUUUCAAUAGUGAAAUAAAAAGUAGAGAAAUUAAAACCAGUAAUUCAUGAUUAACAUUAUAAAUUAAUAUAGAAAUGAAAUGCCAGCAGAAAUGCUGAAAUACAGGAUUAUGAACAGCCAUCUAGACAACAGAAAUAAAUGAUCAACCCCAAAGCCAGAGCUAUUGUAUUUUAUUUCUCUUUGAAUUGGCUUGUGAGUCUUAAGGUAGUUUACAGAAAAAUUUGGGAGUUUAUCAUCAUUAUUUUAAAUCCAAGAUUCCACAUUUCAUCAGCGUGUUCAAUAAAAUAAAGAAAUGAAGCAUGAACAAAAACUGAUUUCUAACUUAUCACAUGAAGGUAUUAAUUGUUUUGAUCUGCUUUUUCUCUUCUCUUGUGCUUUAUUAUUCCUUUAUUUAAAUUGAUGACCACAGGUUUUUUUUUUUCUUUUACUAAAAGGUGUUGUUUGAUUUGUCAGCCUUUUCUCACAACAAAGUGUGUUUUCUUGGGCUUUUCCAGUAUCAGUGGUUACCUUACCUUUGCCCUGUGACCCUAGCUAGCAGCUGCUACUUUUUUCAGGUGUUGGUUUUUUCUGCUCUUUGCUUAUUCAAUACUUUAAGAAAAUUGUGAAAGUUAACCUGUUGUCCUGUCUCCAUAUUCUUCUAAUUCCCACUACUUGGGUGUCAAAGUUCUUGGUUAUCCAAAGCACUUGGCAAGGUCGGUGGAAGAAUAUCAAACCUUUCCCCUCCAUUUUUCCUGGUCUCUUCUGUUGCUUAGAGCUAUGCUUCUGGUUAGGAAUGCUGUCUCAGUGGCACAUACCAGAGUUCUUGGGGAGGGGGUGUAUAUUGCCCUUAGGGGGAAGGAAAGCAACAUUGGGUGUUGAAACUCUCUCUCGUGACUUCAGUUGACGUUCCUCCUUUUCCUCUCGUGGAGAAUGACUGGUGUAGAGAAAGGAGCAGGUGGCUUGAUUUCCCUACUGCUGCUUCAGUUACAACUUUGGCUUUAGAAAAGUGUCUGGGAGACAGCGUUUGGUCCCGGAUGUUAUCAGCAGCAUCAGGCAGUUAUCCAAAGCUGCCAUGAAGGAGGAUGCCAAACCCAGCAAGGACACGGAGGACGCCUUUUACAACUCGCAGAAGUUCGAAGUCUUAUACUGUGGGAAGGUGACCGUGAGCCACAAGAAGGCGCCCUCCAGUCUCAUUGAUGACUGCAUCGAAAAGUUCAGCCUGCACGAACAGCAGCGCCUGAGGCUCCAGUCGGACCCCAGUGAGGACUUGGUGACCCCGGAGGCCGAAGUGCCAGGGGCCCCAAGAGACACCUUGCAGGAGGAGAUCGAGGCCGAGGGCGACGCCGACACCCACCCCGGGCUCCCUGCCGCCCCCAGCCAGCCUGCACCACCCACCUCUAGGCUUUGCUUCCCUGAGAGAAUUUUGGAAGAUUCAACCUUCGACGAACAGCAAGAGUUCCGGUCUCGGUGUAGCAGCGUCACUGGAGUCCUGCAGAAGAAAGUUCACGAGAGCGGCCAGAUAGCGCAGCCGCGCCGGAGACAUGCGAGCGCGCCCAGCCACGUGCAACCCUCGGAUUCCCAGAAGAACAGAACGAUGCUGUUCCAGGUUGGACGAUUUGAGAUUAACCUUAUCAGUCCAGACACUAAAUCAGUUGUUCUAGAAAAGAAUUUUAAAGAUAUCUCCUCUUGUUCUCAGGGUAUAAAGCACGUCGAUCACUUCGGCUUUAUCUGCCGGGAGGCUGCAGAGCCGGGGCUGAGCCAGUAUAUCUGUUACGUGUUCCAGUGUGCCAGCGAGUCUCUGGUCGAUGAGGUCAUGCUGACUCUGAAGCAGGCUUUCAGUACCGCCGCUGCCCUGCAGAGUGCCAAGACGCAGAUUCAGCUGUGCGAGGCCUGCCCCAUGCACUCUUUGCACAAGCUCUGUGAAAGGAUUGAAGGUCUCUACCCUCCAAGAGCCAAGCUGGUGAUCCAGAGACACCUGUCAUCCCUGUCGGACAAUGAACAAGCCGACAUCUUUGAACGAGUUCAGAAAAUGAAGCCAGUCAGUGACCAGGAAGAAAAUGAACUUGUGAUUUUACACCUGAGGCAGCUGUGUGAAGCCAAGCAAAAGACACACACGCACAUUGGGGAAGGCCCAUCGAUUAGCUCAAAUGGUGAAAAGCCAGGAGCAGAGCAGCAGGAGUAUCGUACUAUUUCAAAUAGUACAAUCCCGGAAAAUGCGACAAGCAGUGGAAGAUUCAAACUUGACAUUUUGAAAAACAAAGCUAAGAGAUCCCUAACUAGCUCCCUGGAAAAUAUCUUCUCAAGGGGAGCUAACAGAAUGAGAGGCCGGCUUGGGAGCGUGGACAGCUUUGAACGGUCCAACAGUCUUGCUUCAGAAAAGGACUGCUCCCCGGGGGACUCUCCUCCGGGGACCCCGCCAGCCUCGCCCUUGUCUUCGGGCUGGCACACCUUCCCAGAGGAGGACUCCGACUCCCCGCAGUUCCGGAGACGGGCGCACACGUUCAGCCACCCGCCGUCCAGUACCAAGAGAAAGCUGAACUUGCAGGAAGGGAGGGCGCCCGGCGUGCGCUCGCCCCUGCUGAGACAGGGCUCCAGUGAGCAAUGCAGCAUUCUUUCAUCAGUUCGACGCAUACAAAAGGAGAGUAAUUCUUCCUCCAGUCUUCCAAGUCUCCAUACUUCCUUCUCUGCCCCUUCCUUCACUGCCCCCUCUUUCCUGAAAAGCUUUUACCAGAAUUCAGGUAGACUGUCCCCACAGUAUGAACAUGAAAUCAGUGAUGGAGAGGGGAGAAAAAGGACCUCGUCCACCUGCAGCAACGAGUCCCUGAAUGCUGGAGGAACCCCCGUGACGCCUCGCCGGAUCUCCUGGCGGCAGCGCAUUUUCCUCAGGGUUGCUUCGCCCGUGAACAGAUCCCCUUCGGCAAUGCAGCAGCAAGAUGGACUGGACAGGAACGAGCUGCUGCCACUGUCUCCUCUCACUCCCACCAUGGAGGAGGAACCGCUGGUGAUUUUCCUGUCUGGUGAGGAUGAUCCAGAAAAGGCUGAAGAGAGAAAGAAGUCAAAAGAACUAAAGAGCUUGUGGAAAAAAGCUAUACACCAACAAAUCUUGUUGCUCCGAAUGGAAAAAGAAAACCAGAAACUUGAAGCACGAAGAGAUGAGCUUCAGUCCAGAAAAGUUAAACUGGACUAUGAAGAAGUUGGUGUAUAUCAGAAGGACGUCUUAAUAACCUGGGAUAAGAAGCUGUUAAACUGCAGAGCAAAAAUCAGGAGUGAUAUGGAAGACAUUCAUACUUCUCUUAAAGAAGGUGUUCCCAAGAGUCGCCGAGGAGAGAUUUGGCAAUUCCUAGCUUUGCAAUACCGUCUCAGACAUAGAUUGCCCAACAAACAGCAGCCUCCAGACACAUCCUAUAAGGAACUCUUAAAGCAGCUCACUGCUCAACAGCACGCAAUUCUUGUGGAUUUAGGUAGGACGUUUCCUACUCACCCUUACUUUUCAGUACAGCUCGGGGCAGGGCAGCUGUCACUCUUCAACCUCCUGAAAGCCUAUUCUUUGCUGGACAAGGAAGUGGGCUACUGCCAGGGGAUCAGCUUCGUGGCUGGAGUCCUGCUUCUGCACAUGAGUGAGGAGCAAGCCUUUGAAAUGCUCAAGUUCCUCAUGUACGACCUUGGCUUCCGCAAGCAGUACAGACCCGACAUGAUGUCGCUGCAGAUUCAAAUGUACCAGCUGUCCAGGCUCCUUCAUGACUAUCACAGAGAUCUCUACAAUCAUCUGGAAGAGAACGAGAUCAGCCCCAGUCUCUAUGCUGCACCCUGGUUCCUCACACUGUUUGCCUCUCAGUUUCCUUUAGGAUUUGUAGCCAGAGUCUUUGAUAUAAUUUUUCUUCAGGGGACUGAAGUUAUAUUUAAAGUUGCACUCAGUCUGCUAAGCAGCCAGGAGUCACUUAUAAUGGAAUGUGAAAACUUUGAGAAUAUUGUUGAGUUCCUUAAAAACACUCUCCCUGAUAUGAAUACCUCUGAGAUGGAAAAAAUUAUUACCCAGGUGUUUGAGAUGGACAUUUCCAAGCAGUUACACGCCUAUGAGGUGGAAUACCACGUGCUGCAGGACGAGCUGCAGGAAUCGUAUGCCUGUGAGGACAGUGAGCCUCUGGAGAAGCUGGAGAGGGCCAACAGCCAGCUGAAGAGACAGAACAUGGACCUCCUAGAAAAACUGCAGGUGGCUCAUGCUAAAAUCCAGGCCUUGGAAUCCAACCUGGAAAAUCUUUUGACCAGGGAGACCAAAAUGAAGACUUUAAUCCGGACUCUGGAACAAGAGAAAAUGGCUUAUCAAAAGACAGUGGAGCACAUCCGGAGGCUCGUGCCAGCAGAUGCUCUACCCAACUGUGAAGUGCUGCUGAAAGACCUCAACUGCAACCCCAACAACAAAGCCAAGACAGGAAAUAAGCCAUAAUUGCAGACGCGCUGACUCGGCAGAAAGUGCUCCUUAACCUACCACACAGAGGAAGAGCCUGCAUGAUACCAGCCCGCCCUGGACACCUCCGCUGAGGGAACCACCUCCUGCUGGGGCAGGGCCGCGAGGCAGCAGGUGCAUCUGGCUCUCCUCGGAGCUUGCCAACCCUAAGCCAUCGAACAUUUGUAAACUGGGGUUUCCUUUGUUGCUGACUGUAUACAUAUACAUACAUACAUAUAUAUAUAUAUAUAGUGGACAUGAAGAGUUCACGCUUUCAGAUCAAAUGAGUGGAUGUAUAUUUAGAGCAGCUCUUUCAUUUCUUUCCUUUUUUUUUAAGUCACAAUUUCAUGGAAUCCACACCAAAGGGAAGUUAAAAUGAAAUCCCCCUCAGACUCAUGAUGAACUCUUUUUGUCUUUAUAGUGAAACAAAGCUCGAUCCUCUUUGUAUAUUGAAGUAUACUUGAAAAAAUGAAUGUAUUUUUUUCUCCAAAGAACAGCAUGUUUCCUUUAAUGGUGGAAAGGUGGAAACAUUUAUUUGACUUUCUGUGCAUCUAUCUUAAAAUCUGCUGACAUUGUCUUGUCGAGGAGGAUGACUGUUUGCUGGUCGUGUUCCUGUGGGUUUUGGGGGAAGGUGGGGAGCCUUUCCACCCUGCCUGCUUUGUGCCAACUAACAUGUCACAUCUCUGUGUAUUCAAAGUCCUGUUAGAUCUUACUUUAGAACUAUGUAGGAAGAAGGCGGGAUGUUGUGAUCGAGUCUACCCAGGGUAGGGUAAAGGAGAUCGUUGCUAAUUUUCUAGCAAAUUAGAUCAACAUUGUUACUCAGACUAAAAAUAUCAGGCCUCAAAAAUAUAAUUUAGUACUUAAAUUGUCUGAAUUAGCUUUCUACUUUUUUUUAUUUAAAUGACUCCUACAGCCAUGAACUGACUUCCCUUUACCUGGUUUCCACAGUCACCCAGUGACAGGGAUUUGCCAUUCCCCACCAAAUGGUGAGAGCUCUUCAUUUGGUUUUCUCUUCCUUAAAUACAGGAUCAACAAAAGCAAUUGCAGUUGAUUUUCCAAAGCUGAUGCAUGGUGUGGAAAUACCUUUUGUUGUUGUUGCAAAAUUUGUAGACUCUCACAAACUCUUAAUUAUAUUCCCAUUUCAUGUGACAAUCUGUGAGAAUGGAAGUGUUUAGGACCGAGCUGUUGAAAUCAGUGGGAAGGGGAAAGGAAGAUGGUACAGCCCAGUGUAUGCUACCGUUCUGCAUUUGGACUCCCAGUGUCCUCAGCCCAUCUCUAAAGGCAUUCAUCCUUGGUGGGUAUUUGGCAGCCGCAUGAUUUUUUUUUUUUUUUUUUUUUUUUGACGGGCAGAGUUAGACAGUGAGAGAGAGACAGAAAGGUAUUCCUUUUCAUUGGUCCACCCCCCAAAUGGCCACUACAGCCGGCGUGCUGCACCGAUCCAAAGCCAGGAGCCAGGUGCCUCCUCCUGGUCUCCCAUGUGGGUGCAGGGCCCAAGCACUUGGGCCAUCCUCCACUGCCUUCCCAGGCCACAGCAGAGAGCUGGACUGGAAGAGGAGCACCCGGGACAGAAUCUGGCGCCCCAACCAGGACUAGAACCUGAGGUGCCGGUGCCACAGGCGGAGGAUUAGCCUAGAGAGCCGCAGCGCCGGCCAUAGCCGCAUGAUUUUCAAAGCACACGUGUGCUUCUCCUUCUCAGAGGUGGUUCUGUGAUAGCGCCUCUGAAAGUUGAUGCAUCAGUUUUGUCUUCCCAAGCUGUGUCUAUCCUCUCUCUGUGCUUUUUGCACUACUUUUUUUUUUUUGCAGAGGGGUUACCUGGGGAUAAUUUUCUUAAAAGGGAGCUCAUUCUAUAGAAGCUGAAAUUUAUGACAAGGUAAUAGAGUAAAGCUGUCAAGGACUCUGAGAACCUUGAUAGAGCAGAUGAGAAACUCCAUCUACACUGUUACCCAGUAUGAAUGCAAAGUUCCCUCAUCACAGAGCAGCGUGCCCUUGAAUCCAAGCCAUGUCUUAAAAGAUAAGAACGUCUUAUCAGUAAAGGUAAUGUAACUGUUAGUUUCUAGAAAAUGCUAAUCCGAGGUGUUCCAUUCAGUUGGGAACCUCUGACUGAUUUAUUGCUUGGAUUUCCUAAACCUUUCCAUAUUGUAGGAAGGGCUUUCCCUAGAAGGAUUAUUGUAUUUUCUUCAUGUCUGGUGAUAAUAAUUGCCUUUGGGGUGUGAUACACAGGUGGUAGGUAGUCAAGGAAGCUUCAGGUUAAGGGAAGGGACUUCUUUCUGUUCAGUUUAAAUUGAACUUUAUUCUGGAUGUUUAGAGUCAACAUAAGUAGUUACAUUAUGUUGUUCAGAGAUUAAGGUAACUUGGAUACAAUAUUUGUUUUGAAAAUUAAUUUCCUUUUUCAUUUGUGAUUUUGUAAGUGCUACACCAGUUGUGCUUCAUGCAUUGUUACAUCUUCAUGAGGUUAAUGUCAAGUCUAGGUCAUUUCCAAUAAAUUCAUUGCUGCAGUAU